GUUGGUGGUACUGAAGGUAUUGGGGUUUGGUGGUGGUGAUGGUAAUAUUGUAAGUAUUGUUAAUAGUGUUAGUGGUAUUGGUGGUGUUAUUGGUGUUAUAGUGGUGGUGUUGGAGGUGGUACUCUGGGUACUGGAGGUGGAGCUAGGGUGUUGAUGUUUAUGUGAGUGUCUGUGGUCACGUUUGUUAUUGUUGUGAUUGUUGAGGGGGGUUUUGAGUGGUUGGUAUUGGUAUUUAUGUAUAAUCUUUAUUUAAGUAUUUAUAUUAUUAGUAGUAUUAUAAUAAGUGUGGUUAUAAGAAGCUGUUGUUGUAGUUCGGGGUCGGUGUGUGUUUAACUGUUUCCGGAGAGCGGCACUGAGGGAGGGAGCAGCCGCUGCUCGGUACCUGCAGGUCGGUCAGCUGUGAGGAGCUUGACGCUUGGCUUCGGUCCGGUUCGGUUCGGUUCUGCGUGGCGUGGCCCGGUUCUGGAAGCUAAAUGUGGGGUUAAUCCGAGCCGGAGCACUUGGGUCCGGGCCGCCUGGGAUCAGUAGCAGCAGCAGCAGCAGCGGAGAGGAGCCGAGCGCAGCGGAGGCUCUCUUUCUUCAGGAGGUGAAACUCAACAGUGAGCCAGCAUGGCUGACGCUAUUGGUAAAUCAGGUGCUUCAAAUGGUGGUUCAGAUGAUCCAGAGCCAGGAGAUGGUCAAGAAGCUAAAGGAGAUGCUUCCUCAGCCAAAGAAGAGAAUUCAUGUCCCGAAUCAGAUUUAAGCCCAGCUCCUGAGGCCUCCGACUCGCCCGAGGACAGACCAAUGCCAGACGCUGAGAGAGAACAGGAGCAUCCCACUGCAGAGGAAGAGGAGGACACAGACAGUAUGGACGGCAGCGGUCUUUAUUCCCUGACGGAGGAGGGCGAGCGAGAGAGCGAGGGCAGCGGACGGAGAGAGAGAGCGAAAGAUGAGGGCAGCAGGAGAGCGGGCAGGAAGAGGAACCACCCCAGCGGCGGAGGGACCUCUGGACACUCCUCCGGCUCGGACGAUGACGAUGACGAUGACGAAAACGAAAAAGAGGAGGAUCUAGAGGACGAGGAGGAGGAUGAGCAGGCGGUGGAGGCGUGGCUGGGGGCGGAGCUUCGUGAGCUGGGCGGGCCCCGGUGGAGGGCGAUACCGUCUCUGCGGGCGAGGGAGAUCGGUCGAGACUCGGCUCAGUUCGUGCGGCGGGUGUGUGGCGCGCGGGGUUUGGUGCAGCGGCUGGAGCUCCAGGGACGUUUAGAGCGUCACUCUGGCUGCGUCAACACUCUCCACUUCAACCCGUCCGGCACGCGGCUGGCCUCGGGCAGCGACGACCUGCGGGUGGUGAUCUGGGACUGGGCGCGCCGACGGGCGGAGCUGGAGUUCGACAGCGGACACAAGAGCAAUGUGUUUCAGGCCAAGUUUCUUCCCCACAGUGGAGACUCCACCUUGGCCAUGUGUGCGCGGGACGGACAGAUCCGGAUAGCCGAGCUCUCGGCCACGCAGCGCUGCAAAAACACCAAACGAGUCGCCCAGCACAAGGGCGCCGCCCACAAGCUGGCACUGGAGCCGGAGUCUCCCUGCUCUUUCCUCUCCGCUGGCGAGGACGCUGUCGUGUUCGGCAUUGACCUGCGCCUUGACCGGGCAGCCAAUAAACUGGUGGUUGUGAAGGAGGGUGAUAAGAAGGUGGGCUUGUACACAAUCUUUGUGAAUCCAGCGAACACGCAUCACUUUGCUGUUGGUGGAAGAGAUCAGUACAUUAGGAUCUACGACCAGAGAAAGAUCAAUGAAAACGACAAUAACGGCGUUCUGAAGAAAUUCUGUCCAUCACACCUGGUGUCCAGCGAGUCCAAGACUAACAUCACCUGCUUAGUCUACAGCCACGACGGCUCAGAGCUGCUGGCCAGUUACAACGAUGAGGACAUUUACCUGUUUGACUCCAGCCACAGUGAUGGAGCUGAUUAUCGCAGAAGAUAUAAGGGGCAUCGCAACAACGCCACAGUGAAGGGCGUGAACUUCUAUGGACCCUGCAGUGAGUUUGUGGUCAGUGGCAGCGACUGUGGACACAUCUACCUGUGGGACAAACACUCAGCCAGAGUGGUUCAGUUUAUGGAGGGAGACAGAGGAGGAGUGGUGAACUGUCUGGAACCUCAUCCUCACCUGCCAGGUUUAGCUACCAGCGGUCUGGAUCAUGAUGUGAAGCUGUGGGCCCCCACUGCUGAGGACCCCACCAGUCUGAAGGGCCUUAAAGAGGUGAUGAAGAAGAAUAAGCGGGAGCGAGAUGAAGACAGCGUCCGCCACGGUGAUCAGUACGACACACAGCUCCUCUGGUUCCUGAUGAGACACAUGAGGAACCGCAGACCUCUCAGAACCCGGCGUGGUGAGGGGGGCGAGGGGGACACGGACGAGUCCUGGAGCUCCCCGGAGUCCUCUGAUGAAGAAGAUGGAGGACCUGACCAUGUGCAGUGCAUGUCCUCCUGAGCCCCACAUACACACAAAAACACACAAUAACACACACACUCAUAUAGACACACACACACACACACACACACACACACACACCAGCUCAUUGCCGUAUAUUUAAGCACAUACAUAUUUAGGAACACACCAGUUCUCACUUUUUACUGACAGUAAAAGGCCAGCAGUGACACACACACACACACACAUACACACACAGAGCUUUAUAUGCAUACACACUGAGUGAGUGAGGAAGGGAGAGGGGAACUUUGUAGUACGUGCUUAGAUACAGCUUUGGGCUCAUAACACACACACACACACACUCAUACACACAGAUUUAAAGGUAAAUUUGACAGAGGAAUUGAUAUUUUUGAUAUUUACUUUCUGGUACACACACACACUCACACACACGUGCAAAACAAAAAAAUACAAACACUCAGAUCUUACCUUAUUGCAUAACAACACACACACACACACACACACACACACACCUCAUUCUCACACGCACACUCGCUUCCUGUAUUGCACACUGGAGGGUAUUUUAGAAAGAAAUCGAUCUCAGCUCUGUUUGCUGUCGACGGUCAGCAAGCGUCCAAUCAGAAGAACAGUGUUUUACUUCUGUAGCUAAAAAAAAAAAAAUACGAAUACAUAAAAAAAACGAGAGUAAAGCUUGGAGUGGGCUCGGAUCGGGGACGGUUGGUUGAGAUGGGGUGGUCUUUAUUUUAUUUUUAUUUUGUUUGUUUGUUUGUUUCUUUCUUUGGAUGCAGGGCGAGAUUUUUCGCUAAGUUUUUUCGCUAUGCUCUGCUCUUUUUUUGAAAAGCUUUUUUUUGAAGGUUUCCUCCAGACAGAGAGCUCUGAUUGGUCAGAUCGACCCUGGAUAGCUCUGAUUGGACAGGAACUGUCCUAGAACUGUCUUAGAACUGUCUUAGACAUCAUUGGAUGAUAUAAAAGCAGACGCGGAGUCCUUCGUUUUCUCCAAACCAGCAUCGUGCAGGAUUUUCCCGAGCUGCCUCUGGCGCCGGCUGGUGAAAAGAGCCAAGAAGCUUGAUUUCAUGGGUCAUGAUGGACAGCUGAUUUAAAAAAUGGACAGCUCUGAUUGGUCAGAUGGUUUUUGGAAAGAUUUGAUUGGACAGGACCUUUCUGAACAUCAUCUGUUCAUCGUGAAGGAAGGCAAGAUGCAGAGCGUCCAUUGUUUUCUCCAAACCAGCAUCACUGAUUCUCUGUCCAGGAUCCUCUGUUCUUCUGAAACCAACCACCUCGAACGGAUGGAUGGAUGGAUGAACAGACGGAUGGAUAAAUGGAUGGAUAGAAGGAUAGAUGGAAGGUGGUGAAAGGAAUAAGGAAUAAUAAACAUCCACAAGCUUUCUUGUUUAGGGGGAGGAUCAAAUUCAGACUCCUCCUUUGUAGACUCCUCUGCUUUCUCUUCCUCCGCUACUUCUAUUUCUUUUUUUUCAUUCUUUCUUUCUAUCUUUCGUUCUUUUUUUUUUUCUUUUUUCUUCCUCUUUAGUCAGUCCCGCAGUGCCAGGGCUUCUCCUGUUCCCCCUCUCCUGGGCUGCUGAGUGCACUUUAAUCAGGGAAUCUGCUAGUUUUUUGAGGCUCUACAAAUAAAGCGUGCACUUAAGGGGCGGGGCAUGCAAUACGUAACGGAUUUAACUUGUUCAAUUUACUGAUUUUCUUUUUUUUUUCCCUCUUUUUCUUUUUCUAUUUUUACCCCCCAUUUGCCCAACUCCUCCCCCUACACUCAUGCACUUGAGCUUGGGAUUAAAUGUAAAGAUUUGAGACAGAUCUGUCCUUUUGCACUUGAAUGGAGGGAGCUCUUGUUAAAAAAAAAUAAAAUAAAAGCCUGAGUGGCGUUUUUCUUCCUAAAACAAAACAAAAAAAAUAAAAAUAAAAAAAGAUAAAAUAAAUAUAUCUUUUUCCUUGCUCCUCGACCCCCUCGGCUCCCUGAAAGAGAGACUGUGCUUUAAAGAGAGAGUGAUGAUUGUAACGCUGUCUGUAUAAAAGCCACCAGCUUGUAGAAGGGCUGUUUUUUUAUUUCCCGGCCCUCGUCCACAGAGUAAAGCGCAAGAGUUUGCAAAAGUUCGACUGAAUCCAAUUUAGCUUUCGCCAGCAGUGGAAAAGUUUACGUAACUUUUAAAGGUCUUCUCUUCACUUUAAAAACUUGCUUAAUAGCUUCCAGGACGUUUUUGAGAAGUCAGAAUGCACUGCGGGACUGUUCAGACUAUGUUGUUUAAAAGCUUUAAAAGCAGAAAUUAAAGGAGAACUCUGGUGUGAAAUGGACUUUGGGUGUAUUUGUUAAAACAUGACAAAAACUACUUUGUACCUUUGUUGAAUAGCUCUCCUCCGCUCUCCUGCAGCUUUCUGAGAUCCAGUAUUUUGUCCACUUUGCUCAAACAGGCUUUUAGAAUAGGUGAUAUGGGGCAUAUUUUGCCCCUGCAGAUAAAUCACUUUUUACACCGUUAUUCAGGCUCAAAGUAGCUGCACACUUUAUUUGUAGAAUCCGGAGAGCUCUGACAUUUAAAACGAGGCAUUAAUAACUUUAAAACUGCACAAAAAGUUUAUUAAAAAGCACUGUUUACAUACUGUAGCGUAGGUAAAUCUCCAAGCACCUCCAUCCUAAAUUUAAGUCACAAUAUGUGUUGUUGGUUCUUUGCAUUCUUAUAUCGACAGUAACCAGAUUUUUUUUUUUCAGCAACAGCUGGAAUCAUGCAUUUCCAAGCAAUUAAUUUUGCAAUCUGAUCAUCAUUGCUAUCCUACCUAUUCAUUCUCGUGCUCACUAGUUGACUUACGGUGAAUUAAAUUAAAGAUGCCAGCACUCAAAGAUUUACCUACGCUAUUUUUAGGAUGUAAACAGUGUCUUUUAAUAAACUUCUUGUGAAGUUUUAAGUUACAAAUGCCUUGUUUUAAAUAUAAGGGCUCUCCGGUUUCUACCAAUGAAUUGUGAAGCUACUGAAGCCUGAAUAACAGUGUAAAAAGAGAUUUAUCUGCAUUAUCUCCUUUCUUAAAGCCUGUUUGAGCAAAGUUCUUGAUCUCAGAAAGCUGCAGGAGAGCGGAGGAGAGCUAUUCAACAAAGGUUAGUACAUUUUACAUCAAAGUUCUCCUUUAAAGGAAGACGUUUUCCAGUGUUUUCCAGUCUGUUCUCCAUUUGCUCCAUUUGGCUGCAUACGAUUUUUUCCACACAGAGGAUAAUUUCCCAGUACUUCCCAUUUAAAGUUAGUAAAGGAGUGCACUUAUUGUAGAAGCCAAUUGACGUUUGCUGAAGACGAUGAAGUAUCUACCUCUUGGCUUCUAUUAUAAGUUUGUGGGUCUUUUUUUUCCUUUUUCUUCAAUCGCUUGGUUUUGUUCAGGUUUUCUGAGGACGGAGAAGCAUGCUGGUGUUGUCGUUUAAUAUAAUCGAUGGAUAAUAGAAUCGAUAAUCGAUCGUAGGCUAGAUAUGCAGCAGAUGGAGAAUAGAUAAUAAUAAACACGUGCAGGAGUCAUCCUUUAAUGUUCGAGAAUGUGCUCUUUAAUGGCGUCUGUUUUAUGAAGUGGCUCUUGUGUUCGUGGGAUUAGAACUAAGCAGGACGGGUUUUUGGGACACUUUUUCUGAUUUGCAUGCGUUCCAAAGGGCAGCGAUGGUAGCGGCGGCGUCUGCGGUGGUAGUAUUGUCAGGUAGGGAGGGCCGGGGCUUAGACUCAUCACCCUUUUUUCCUUCUUCUUUUUAAUGAGGAGAAUAAAGUCCGGCUUUUCUCUUUUUGUAUGAGAAAAAAAUAAAAUAAGUUAAAUUACUUUGUAUGUACAUACAAAUAUAUAAAUAUAUAUAUAUUACAAAUUAACUGUAAAAAAAAUAAAUAAUAAUGUUCAGCCAUUGUUCUUUCAGGAAAGAUGUCAGAACUCAAUUGGUAUCAAUGCAGAGAUUUAUAUUGUAUAAGAAAACUACUUUUAAACAUUGGUGGAAAACAAUGCAGGCAUAAGAACUCAUCUUUUCCUCCCCUUCAAGUCACUGAAACCCCGCAAUAUAUAUCAUCUGGAAUUCUGCACUGCUUUUUGUUUAGAUUUUUUUUUUUUGUUUUCCAUGACUGUUCAAUCAGACUGAAAUCCAGAUUCUCUCACCUCACAGGUGCUUAAAUGCAUUUAUAUGUAUGUUUUUCUCUGUUUUUUUCUUUCUAGGUUCUGAUUGAUGAGUUAUCCCACCGCUGCCUAAUGUUGUGUUUAUCAGUUCAGUUGAAAACAUGUACAACUUGUGCAGUAAAAAAAGAGAAAAGGCUGAUUCUCA